GGGGGUCUGCCGCUGGAGCGCCUUCCGGCUCAGCCCCCUCGAGCCCACCAAUGGACGGACCGAAAAGGAAGAAGAACGGUACCUCCCGUCGGGGGACGGCAAAGGCUCGCUUCCCCGGGCGCUCGCCUUGACCAGAGCGGAGUUGUUUUCUGUGGCGAUGGCCUUGUCUGAUGCCGAAGGGGCCCGAGGAAGCUCUUCGUGGGCGGUCUUGACUGGAGCACCACUCAAGAGACUCUACGCAGCUACUUUUCCCAAUAUGGAGAAGUUGUAGACUGUGUGAUCAUGAAAGAUAAAACCACCAACCAGUCUCGAGGCUUUGGGUUUGUCAAAUUUAAAGACCCAAACUGUGUGGGGACGGUGCUGGCCAGCAGACCACACACACUAGACGGCCGAAACAUCGACCCAAAGCCAUGCACACCCCGAGGGAUGCAGCCGGAGAGGACACGGCCCAAGGAAGGAUGGCAGAAAGGACCCAGGAGUGAUAACAGUAAAUCAAAUAAGAUAUUUGUCGGUGGGAUUCCUCACAAUUGUGGUGAGACAGAGCUCAGGGAAUACUUCAAGAAAUUCGGAGUGGUCACAGAAGUGGUUAUGAUCUACGAUGCAGAGAAGCAGAGACCUCGAGGUUUUGGAUUUAUUACUUUCGAGGACGAACAAUCAGUGGACCAGGCUGUCAACAUGCAUUUUCACGACAUCAUGGGCAAAAAAGUGGAAGUUAAACGGGCUGAGCCACGGGACAGCAAAAGCCAAGCGCCGGGACAACCAGGUGCCAGCCAGUGGGGCAGCCGGGUCGUGCCCAAUGCCGCCAAUGGCUGGGCAGGCCAGCCCCCACCCACGUGGCAGCAAGGAUACGGCCCGCAAGGAAUGUGGGUUCCAGCAGGACAGGCAAUUGGUGGCUAUGGACCGCCGCCUGCAGGGAGAGGAGCGCCCCCACCGCCCCCACCGUUCACCUCUUACAUCGUGUCCACCCCUCCUGGAGGGUUCCCCCCUCCUCAGGGCUUCCCACAGGGCUACGGUGCCCCCCCACAGUUCAGUUUUGGCUAUGGGCCUCCACCUCCACCACCGGAUCAGUUUGCCCCACCGGGGGUCCCUCCUCCACCUGCUACUCCAGGGGCAGCACCUCUGGCUUUCCCUCCGCCCCCAUCUCAGGCCGCCCCGGACAUGAGCAAGCCUCCAACGGCCCAGCCGGACUUCCCCUAUAGUCAGUACGGUUACGGACAGGACUUGGCUGGCUUUGGACAGGGCUUCUCAGACCCCAGCCAGCAGCCCCCCUCCUACGGGGGCCCCUCGGUGCCAGGCUCGGGGGGCCCCCCCGCCGGCGGCAGUGGCUUUGGACGAGGUCAGAACCACAAUGUGCAGGGAUUCCACCCGUACCGACGCUAGCGGGCCGGUGCCCUGCGGACGCCGGGGCGGCUGAGACCCAGGAUUUAGAACUUGUGAACUCGUGACAAUCACAAACUUGGCAGAAAAAUAGCGACUCGACGGUGGGGGGAGGGGGGCGAGAGGCUUUUGGAGGCGGCUGUGGGUGUCUGGACUGAAGUUUUUAAAUAUAUUUCUUUCUCUAACCCAUCAGCACAAUAAAAAAAAGUCACUGGUUCAACAACAGGGUUAAAAAAAAAA